UUUUAAGUCAUUUUAUUUACCUGAUACUAGGAGUUCAACAAUGAAGUCCUUUUUAUUUCUGGUAUUUCUGGUGAUUUUACUUUGUGUUUUAUAUGACAUAACGGAAGCUGUCAGCGAAAACACAAAAAGUUCAAAGGGUAGCAAUAAGGGGGAGACGGGUAACAACGGCGAAAAAGGCAGUUCGACAGAGAAAAGCGACAAGGGCACCGGAAGCAACAAGGGCAGUUCGACAGAGAAAAGCGACAAGGGCACCGGAAGCAACAAAGGCAGUUCGACAGAGAAAAGCGACAAGGGCACCGGAAGCAACAAGGGCAGUUCGACAGAGAAAAGCGACAAGGGCACCGGAAGCAACAAAGGCAGUUCGACAGAGAAAAGCGACAAGGGCACCGGAAGCAACAAGGGAAGUUCGACAGAGAAAAGCGACAAGGGCACCGGAAGCAACAAAGGCAGUUCGACAGAGAAAAGCGACAAGGGCACCGGAAGCAACAAGGGCAGUUCGACAGAGAAAAGCGACAAGGGCACCGGAAGCAACAAGGGCAGUUCGACAGAGAAAAGCGACAAGGGCACCGGAAGCAACAAAGGCAGUUCUAAGGGAACAAGCGAAAAAAGCAAAGGAAGCGAAAAAAGCGGUUCUAACCCAAGUGGCACAGGCGCUGUUAAAUGUUUUAAGGACGGAAAGUCAUUUAGUCUUGGACUUUUUAUUGACCCAGCUGAUAAAUGUAAGGUGUGUGACUGCUGCGCUCUUGGCUCUAGCGCGGUGUACACUUGUGUACCGAAGACAUGUCCAACUCUAAAUUGCGGUCUCAAUAUGCAAAAGGUUUCGAAAGACGGGUGCUGUAUGGAAUGCGACAAAAAAAAGUGCAAGAAAGAAUGGGAAAACUGCGAAACAUUAACAUGCCCUCACAACAGAACAGCAUACGAUGCCGACAGUUGUUGCCCAGAAUGUGGAUGCUCAAGUUCUCCAACAGCUGUUCCUCCAGGACAAUUUGGACACAAAUGCGAAAACUGUACAUGCGACCCAGCUACUGACACCAUUACUUGUAAUCGUCCAUCGUGCCCCCUCAAGCUUUUGGAAUGUAUGGAUCCGAUUUUUGACAAGGAUUGUAAUUACGUAUGUCCAAACGAGAAAACAUGUAGGGAGGGGGCGGCAAUAAUAAAGUACUCAGACAUUGUCAAAGUUGGAGAUAAAUUCUGUACGUGUAAUCAAAAUGAUAUUUGGUACACACGUGGAUUUUGCGCUCUACAGGCCUGUCAUUCCCCGACAAUGAAAAAGUUGAUGGAGGAUAAGUGUAUGGCUAAACCAAGCAUUACGAAGAAAUUUGGACAUCUAAUAAAUCGACUCAAGUCCGCUAAAACUGAAGGGAGCAGUAAAAAAUCGUCCAAGUCGUCCGGAAAGAAAGGGUCCGGAAAGGGAUCGUCGCCCAAAUCGUCCGAAAAGAAAGCGUCCGGAAAGGGAUCGUCACCCAAAUCGUCCGAAAAGAAAGCGUCCGGAAAGGGAUCGUCAGCGUCCGGAAAGGGAUCGUCCGGAAAGGGAUCGUCGCCCAAAUCGUCCGAAAAGAAAGCGUCCGGAAAGGGAUCGUCAGCGUCCGGAAAGGGAUCGUCCGGAAAGGGAUCGUCGCCCAAAUCGUCCGAAAAGAAAGCGUCCGGAAAGGGAUCGUCAGCGUCCGGAAAGGGAUCGUCCGGAAAGGGAUCGUCGCCCAAAUCGUCCGAAAAGGAAGCGUCCAAAAAAUCAUCGUCCAAAUCUUCCAAAAAGCAAAAAUGAAGAUAAUAAAUAAAUGCUUUGAACGCUCUGUAACGGGUAUACUUUUUCCGUCAGAAUCUAGUCAAUAUUCUAAAUUAACGUUAUUUUGAAGAUAUAUUUUAAAAAUAUAAGUUUUCAGUAUUGUAUGGAACAUUUUGUCAUUUAUAUAUAUAAACGAUAUUGAGAUAUUAUUGUAAUUAGUUGCACUGAUUAAAUAUGCAGUUGUACAAUAUGCAAAUUUGAUUUGUUAAAAGCAAAAGGAAGAUAGAAUGUGAUAAUGUAGAUUAUAUUCUGAUUUUUUAUGGAAUGCAUUUUCUUAAACCAGUCACGGCGAUAGCGCAUUUAAAUAUUGUUAAAACUGAAGAAGGGUUCCAUCGCUAAAUAUGACCGGUUUUGAAGUAUCAAAAGUUUUUUCUCUUUAAAUUGCUGGAUAUGAAGGUUUUGUAAACUGAAAAACUGUAUCCGUUUAUAUGCGUUACUGAUGUGCAAAGAUUAUAACCUGCAUUUAACCAUUGAACUUAUCGGGCCAUAAUGGCUUUCUUUAUAAUGCGACUGUCACAAUUUCUGGUAUGCCCUUAAAAUAUGUUAAUUUUCUAUUAAUUCAAAUUUUCAGUAAUUGUUAAAAUUGUUAAUCAUGGAUGUAAAUAUCUGAUUAAUAAUCUAGAAUUAUAAUUGAGUCCAUUUGUGCCGUGCCAUGAGAAAACCAACAUAGUGGCUUUGCGACCAGCAUGGAUCCAGACCAGUCUGCGCUGGUCGCAAAGCCACUAUGUUGGUUUUCCUAUGGCACGGCUCAUUUAUGUUUAUUACUAGUAACUCCUUUUAAUGCUCUGACUGAAUAAGUUCAUGUGAAGUAUUGAAAGAAGUGUAUUUUUUUAGUAAUAAAAAUUAUAAACAUUCUGCAUUUGGACAGCUUCAUCAUCUGCUUCUAUCACAGGAUUAAAAGCCUAUAGAAUGUGUUAUAUAUCGCAAUAAAAUUAUUCAAGCAUUA